AUGUACACAUCAAAUUGUAGCAACUUCGCUGGUCGGGAUGGACUCGAGAAAUCUAUCUCUGCUCCAUUUAUGAAACAAUCAUUAACGCUGACCUACUUGUUUGCUUUUCACAAGGAUGGCGAUAGUCGAACUUCUUCCUCCGAACCCGCGGUCAAACCUUCCUCACAGGAUCCGUCCGAGAACAGCUCAGGAGGCAAGGGAAGUAAGGUUUCUGGUGACGAGCGGAAAGGUGAACGUGAGAAGUUAAUUGCUGUUUUCCGAUACACAUGUGUUCUCUGCACCGCUCAUCCUAUCUGA